AAACAACCUCUCUACCUUCACUAGGUAGGGAUAAGGUCUGCGUAUACACUUCCCCUCCCCGGACCCCACGUGUGGAAUAUAAGUGGUUGUUGAUGAGCAUAAUUGAAACUAUGAUUUAGGGAAGUUCGUUUCGCUAAAUUAUGAUGGUUGAAAGGAUGAUUUUAGGGAAGUUUGCUUUGCUGAAUUAUGAUACAGGCGUUAGACCUUGGAAGAGGUGCGAAUCCAGGAAGUUACAUGGUUGAAGAGAUAUGGGAAGAGCUUGCAAAAGCAAAGUACUUGGAGUGGGAGCAUGAAUCUACAAGACGCUCCUGGGAACUUCAGAACUUGAAAGAAUCCUGUGAGUUAGCUCUCAAGGAGAAACAUAUGCUCGAUAGUUCUCAGAUAGAAGGGCUCGUAGAUGAGAACUCAACGUCUCUUUUGAAGCAACUGGAAGCUGUAGGCAAAGUUUUCAUGAAAGCUGCAGAAGAUGAUACUCCAACUGAGGUUCCUGAUCACUUGUGCUGUAAAAUCACUCUUGAUAUUUUUCGUGACCCUGUCAUCACUCCCAGUGGGGUUACAUAUGAGCGGGCAGUGAUCCUUGACCAUUUGCAGAAGGUUGGAAAAUUUGAUCCAAUCACACGAGAACCACUUUAUACGUCCCAGUUGGUGCCAAAUCUGGCCAUAAAAGAAGCUGUACACGCAUUUCUGGAUAGGCAUGGCUGGGCAUACAGGAUAGAUUGAAUUUUCAUUGGUAUGAUCGAUAUCAUCUGAUGCAUGUCAAUGAUGGUGCUAGUGAAACCAAGAACAGAGCCAGAGGGAAAGGAGGACACGGCUUUUUGUGGGAGUCAUCUGGCUAACAGCUUCCAGUACUAUUGAAUAUUAACAUGGUUUCCCAUGUUAAUCACAGUUGUACAGUGUAGUGUUUUUUGUAAUGGCUUGUUGGUCUUCAUUAAUUGUACAGCAAAAAAUCACCAGCUUUUUGUGAGAUGUUACAGCUAACACUAUUGAUCAAAUGAAACAAUAGUCUUUUGAUAUACAAUGUCUGUUCCUGUGUGAAGGAAUUGACAAGCUUGAACAA